AUGCCGGACAACGACAUCACCAGGCACCUCAAGAAGACGCACGACAAGGUCUUCGAGCAUAACAAGAUAUGGGCAGCCGCGCAGUCUGAGAAGGACCCGGAGUUCUUCGCGAAGCUGUCGUCCGGCCAGGCGCCCGAGUACCUCUGGAUCGGGUGCUCGGACAGCCGGAUCCCCGCCGAGGCCAUCACAGGGCUGGAGCCGGGCGAGGCGUUCGUGCACCGCAACAUCGCGAACCUGGUGUGCAACACGGACCUCAACGUCAUGAGCGUCAUCAACUACGCCGUGCGCCACCUCAAGGUCAAGCACAUCGUUGUUUGCGGCCACUACGGCUGCGGCGGCGUUAAGGCCGCCAUGACCCCCAAGGACCUCGGGCUGCUGAACCCUUGGCUUAGGAACAUUAGGGAUGUCUACCGCUUGCACGAGUCGGAGCUCAACGGCAUCAAGGACGAGAGUGCAAAGUACGACAGGCUGGUCGAGCUCAAUGUUAUCGAGCAGUGCCGCAACAUCAUCAAGACGGCGGCCGUCCAGCAGAGCUAUGAGAAGAAUGGGUUCCCCAUUGUGCACGGCUGGGUCUUUGGUUUCAAGGAUGGCCUGCUAAAGGAUUUGGAGGUGGACUUUGCGUCCCAGUUGCACGACAUCCAGAAGAUCUACAAUUUGACAGACACUACCUAG